AUGAGCAGCAGACGAAGAAAGAAUCCACAUCCGAAAAGAGCGGUGAACGCGAGGACGGUUUUGAAGGUGGCGAGAGAAGAAGAAGAAGUGGAAGAAGAACCAAAAGUGUUGUGUUUGAGAAUUCCUGACGAGGAUGAUGAUCUCGAGGCAAAUCAGAUACAAAAAGAAGAAGAAGAAGGAGAAGACGAAGAAGACGAAGAAGACGACGAGGGAGACGACGACGACGUGGAGCGAUUGCGGAGGAUUCUGUGCGUGCCGUGUGAUGAUCUCGUGGAGCAAAAUCAGAUGCGAGAAGAAGAGACUGCUUUUAUUGCUAAAGGAGUGAAGAGAAAGAGAGGGCACGAGUGCGAUGUUUGCGAGAAGGUGUUUCGAUAUCCAUCCGGUUUGGCCAUACACAUGCGUACGCACACGAAGGAGAAACCGUAUGAAUGUGAUGUGUGCGAGAAGCGUUUUACUCAAUCUGGUAAUUUGAAAACGCACAUGCGUAUUCACACGAGCGAGAGGCCGUACGAAUGCGAGGUUUGUGAUAAAGCUUUUCGUGAUUCUAGUACUUUGAAAAGCCACAUGCUUAUUCACACGAACGAGAAACCGUACGAGUGCCAUGAGUGCGAGAAGAGUUAUCGUCAAUUGGGUAGUUUACAAUACCACAUGCGUACUCAACAUUAG